GUGCUCAGGAGACACGCCGAGGGACCGGGACGGAGUCGAGCCGCUGAACCGCCGCCAGGUCCGCUCGGGCUCCACGCCGCCCGCUGCGCCGCCGCCCGUGUCCUUGUCCUCCUCCUCCUCCACCGCCGCCGCCGCCGCCAUGGGAGUGCAGGUGGAGACCAUCUCUCCUGGAGACGGUCGCACCUUCCCGAAGCGGGGCCAGACCUGCGUGGUGCACUACACGGGGAUGCUUGAAGAUGGAAAGAAAUUUGAUUCCUCUCGGGACAGAAACAAGCCUUUCAAGUUUAUGCUAGGCAAGCAGGAGGUGAUCCGAGGCUGGGAAGAAGGGGUAGCCCAGAUGAGUGUGGGCCAGAGAGCCAAACUGAUAAUCUCCCCAGACUUUGGCUAUGGGGCCACUGGGCACCCGGGCAUCAUCCCACCAUAUGCUACUCUUGUCUUUGAUGUGGAACUUCUAAAGCUGGAAUGACAGAGGUGGCUCCUCCCUCAGCUCCUGCAUGUGGAUCUGCCAUGGAGGGAUCUGGUACCUCCAGAUGGUGCACAUGAAUCCAUGCGGAGCUUUUCCUGAUGUCCCACCACUCUGUACAGACACCUACCUGACUGAAUGUGUUCCGUCACUCAGCUUUGCUUCGGACACCUCCAUGUCCUCCUCCCCUUGUGUGUGUGUGUUGACCUAAACUGUAUGCCAUAAACCUCCAGUUCCUUUGUUUUGGGGUGA